AACAAAGGUGUUUACCAAAUUAAGGAAUCAAACGUGAAAAUAUUUCCGGUAAAGUUCUAAAGUGAUUUAACAUUUUACCAAAAAAAAAAAGAGUUCUGCGUUGCUAGUUUGAACAAUUUUAUACUGAGACUUAUAAUUGUACUUUAGAGAUUCUUCCAUACUCGUACAUUCGCAAUUUGGUAACUGAAUGAAGUAAUAAUACGAAAAGGAGAGACUGUUUAUAUACUAAGACUCUUACGUAUAGUCUCUUCAAUUAAUCAGUCUCUCCCGCUCUGAAAACCCUUCGAGUCUUUCUCAAAAGUUUUAACCUAGAUCUUGGAUUCCUUUCUUCCUCAAUUCAUCGAUCACUCUCCUUCCGCGAUCUCCGACUGUUUCGUGGAUUAAAUUCUUCUUCCACACACACUAAUGGCUAGCUUUAAUGUGCAUGGACCAAGUUUGUUGGGUAUUCAAGGCCAAGAGGUGGACCAGUCUCAACCAUUGAUGCUACAACGUUUGAAUGAUACACAUCCAUCUAGUACCAGUGGUGGUGAUGACUGGCCGGAAGAGACCUAUCAAAAGAUAAAGGCCCUCAAGGAGAAGUAUGGACUUGUUCUGAGUACAUUUUACAAAUCAAUAUCUGAUAAAUUGCGGGAGAUUGAUUCUCUUCCUCAGCAUAACAUGCCGGUUGAAUGGCUAAAGGCGAGCAAAGCGACGUUGGAAGGAGUUCUUGCGUUCUUAAAUGUCUGUAAGAGCAGUGUAUCAGAGUUUCACAGAGAUAAGCUUAGUCUCUAUGAGGCAAAGUUACUGAGGUUCAUUGAGUAUCAUCACCUGAACGUGACUCGGAGGGCAAUGAAGCGGCAGCAACAAGUUCAUCUCCCUCCUUCUCAUACCCAUCAAACAAGGCCUAGGAUGGAACCAGAAGAUGAGAACAACACUAUGUCCACAGCAGCUCAGGAGCAUCUUCCACCAGAGCCAAUCACAGAGCGGCCUAUUGAUCGUCUGAUAAAAGCGUUUCAAUCAGGAUCACCUGAAUCUUUGGCACAGUCAGUAAGUGAGAUGAGUUCGGUCAUCAGUUUGAGUGACAUGAUUGCUGGUUUGGUCCACACCAUUGGAGGAUCUAGAGCUCGUUUAGGGGAGGAUUUGAGUGAGAGGACAAGGUUCCGUGUGCAACAAGGAGAUAGACAUCCUACCAAGAGAUUCAAGCGCUCAGUUACUGCUAUAUCUUCCUCCAAGGUUAACAAGAUUGAGCCUAGUUAUGCUCUCUUGCAAGAAAUCAUUGAAAUAAAUGAGAGACUUGUGGAGACAGUAGUGAGUAUAUGCAAUGAAGAUGUUUGUCCAAGUAAAGUUACUUCAGGAACAGUCGUCGUCACGUGUGCUUAUGUCCCUGUGGCUCUCAGUGCCACAUUCAAAGCUCUUUACAAUUCAGGACAUCUCUCACAGAUUCAGCCGUUGCGCUUACUAGUUCCUGAGAAUUAUCCAUAUUCCCCAACAAUUCUAGAGAAAGUCAUCUUUGAUACCGCCAGUGUACACAAGUAUGAGGAUUUAUCCGCGAGAGCUAGAUCGAGGUUUAGUUUGUCUAUGAAGGAAGCAAUGUCACUUAAAGAAAUAGCUAAAGUUUGGGAUGAGUGCGGGAGAGCUACAAUGCUUGAGUACGCUGAGGGGCAUGGUGGAGGCACUUUCAGCUCCAAGUACGGUCGUUGGGAGUCUGUUCUAAGAGCUUCAUGAGUCCUAUAUACUUCUUCUCUCACUUACCGACCCGGAUAAGGUCUAGGAUUUUGUACAGAGGUGGAAACUUUAAAGCCUAAGUUAGGCUUACUUAUUAGCCUUGCGAUAGAAGAAAUGUCAGGUCAAAAUCUUGAAGA